ACAGCAACUGACUCAGAAGUUGAAGAAGAAGCAGAGACGAUUUGCUGGCCACAAUUUUUCCACGACUUAACUUCGCGAUUUACCUAGCCAAUCGAACCGGAAUUCGAUUUGCAGCUAUCCGGAAGCAUAUAGAGCGCGAGUGCGGCAACCAAUUGCCGUGAUUGCAGCGAAAUCGCCGUGCGAAAAGGCCCCGAAAACCGCUGGCCCAGCCCAUUAUAAACAGAGAGGAGGGGUGGAGAGUGGAGAGUGCGCAGCCGAGGAGUGUGGAGAGUGGAGAGAAGAGAGCGGAGCGAGAAGAGAGGUCAGCAAACCCAAACCCGUAAUUAAGAAAAAGUAGACACGUACGUGGAAGAUGUCAUCCGGAGAUUUUGGCAACCCGCUGAGGAAGUUCAAGCUUGUCUUCCUGGGCGAACAGAGUGUGGGGAAGACCUCCCUGAUCACGCGCUUCAUGUACGACAGCUUCGACAACACGUACCAGGCGACGAUCGGAAUCGACUUCCUCUCAAAGACCAUGUACCUGGAGGACCGGACGGUGCGCCUGCAGCUGUGGGACACGGCGGGCCAGGAGCGCUUCCGCUCGCUGAUCCCCUCCUACAUCCGAGACUCCACGGUGGCCGUCGUUGUGUACGACAUAACCAACACCAACUCGUUCCACCAGACCUCAAAGUGGAUCGAUGACGUGCGCACGGAACGGGGUAGCGACGUGAUUAUCAUGCUCGUGGGUAACAAGACGGAUCUCUCGGACAAGCGCCAGGUGUCCACCGAGGAGGGUGAGCGCAAGGCGAAGGAACUGAACGUGAUGUUCAUCGAGACGAGCGCCAAGGCGGGCUACAAUGUGAAGCAGCUAUUCCGGCGAGUGGCCGCCGCACUGCCCGGCAUGGAUUCCACGGAGAAUAAGCCGUCGGAGGACAUGCAGGAAGUGGUGCUGAAGGACUCGCCCAACGAGACUAAGGACCCAGAGGGCGGCUGCGCCUGCUAGAACCGGUUGAGCCCAGCCAAACCGAUCCAACGGCCUCCCCUUCGAACAGCAGGAUCAGGAACAGGAGCAGGAGCAGGCAGUCGGUCAACAGCACUCGUGUACACAAGUGUCAGGUGUAUGUGGCUGGAUCUGCGACGAUUCCUCAACAUCUAAACACACACAUACACACUUUACGUUUAAGUUUAUUUAUAAAGUAACAAAUGAUAGCAAAGGCAAAUAGACUAAAACAACAAUUAACGAAAAUCGGCUAACUAAUUAAUGUUAAUUGAGCAGUGCAGACGAGCAAAUCCCGAGCGUAGGCGAAUGAAUGCUAACUCAUUGACACGAGAUCAGGGAUCAAGAUCAGAGUAAUAUUUGCGAGUUAGCUACCAGACAAGAAUAUAGUGUUGUGCAUUUCCGAUUGUCCCCAUAAGAAAACAAAAAAAAGAAAAUAAGAAACCCCUAAUCCAACCAUGUACUUAUGCCAGGCCAGGCGGUCCAGGAUCCUCCGACAUUCCAGCUCUCGUAGAUACCACGCAGCCAGCCUGUGUUCAAUGAUUCCACCAGUACCAGCCAGCCAGCCAGGCACCUUGUUUCCAAUUAUAGCCCCGUUCUGUUCUGUUUGCGGCUUUCGUUUCGCCCAUUUCGGUUUUCGGUUUAUUUAGCACAGCGACUGCUAACUGGAACUUUGGAUGGCAUAGGACUUGGACACGUGCAUCUUAUGAAUAAAUAUACACAGAUAUAUAAUAUGUAUUUUUAUGACUAAAACUGAGACAGACAAGCAGGCAGCACGAGCAGAGCAAACACUUAACAAUAUUAUUAACGAUUUUUGCUUCGAUUAGCGAGAGAACUUUGUGCAUUUUUUACGCGAAAAGCAAAAGCUUACAAAAUUGAUAAUUGAAUAAAAACAUAAACCUAUGGAUGCAAUUUUUAAUAAAUCAAAUUAUGAAAAUGAAAAGUA